AUGACGGCGGGUCGACAAUCCCGCUUUGGCCAGUGGGCUGGUGUCCCCGUCAGCCAAGGAGACAGUGGCAAGAGCGUUCCCGACGAAGAGAAGAACAAAGUUCCAGUCAAACGGCCGCAGCCCCGCCCAAGGCCAAUAAAGCAGGACGGCGGCAGCAGAAGAGCCUUCGCGAGCCCAAGAUGGAUCCGCGUGGUAUUUCAGCCACGGGUGGCGGUCCGAAAACACGCAAGCCUCACUGCUCCCACCGUCACCUUCCUCGAUGCUGGAGAGGUGGUUGAAAUAGCCGAAGUCAAAGCAGGAUGGGUGAGGCUUGCUGACGAAGAGAAGGACGACCGUGACGUGUCGGAUGACUGCCAGGCCUGGGUGCUGCAGGAUGGCAAGGAGGUCAGUCUCGGGGUCCUGUGUGAGGACUGGGAGCCACGCUGGUUCUGCGUGGUCCAUGAGCCACAGGUGGCCGUGCGAAAGAAGCCUUCCUUGCAGGCACACCCGGUGGCCUUUCUCAAGACGGGAGAGAUCAUUGAGGCUGCCGAAGUCUCGCAGGGCUGGGUGCGGCUCUCGGACGCCGACCGAAAGAGGCUCGACGUCUCGGAAGACUGUGGUGCCUGGGUCCUGAUCAACGGUCACGAGAAGGGCCUCGGGCGCUUGCUCGCUGCCUCUCCUCCGCCGCCGGAGCAGCUGGCGCCACUGGAGGAAGCCUAG